CCGCGACUCCGAGAAAUUUACUGACGAGCAUCCAUCGACGACAGCGCGCGCAAUUGCAGCACAACAUACGGCCUGCAUCACCACGAACACACUCAUUCGAUAGCGCGACCAUCGCGGGACCCCCUUCGAUUUCGCCGCAGCCCCUCGAGGGCUUUCAUCGCAUCAACACCGCCAACAUGUCGCUCGUAAACCUUGCACAUGUGUGCUCACAUCUGCAAAAUGCAUCAAAAGCUCGCCUCGGUCUCACAUCGAUCCCCGUGUCGAAGCUGCACGUAAAUCUGGUCCUUGGCCUGCAACGUGAAGGCUUUCUCUCAUCCGUAACCCUCGGCGGCGUCUCACCACCGAAACCAUUUAUCUUGCAAUCGCAGCCCGACCCAGAGGAAUUAGAACACAUGGCACAGAAACUCAAGGAUGAGCCAUGGCAGGCAUUCAACGUCGGCGGCGGAGAAAAGACAGAGCUGGCAUUGGGCAGAGAGAAGAUUGAUAGCGUCAGCGUACCUCAAAACCCUGCGAGGCGAAGGCUCUGGCUCGGCUUGAAGUACUGGAACAACGAGCCAGUGCUGAAGAACAUGAAGCUGGUAUCGAAGCCGACAAGACGGAUAUGGCUCACUUCACAGGACCUGGGCAAGAUCACGAGGACACGAGAGUCGAGCUAUGUAAAGGGACUCACACAUCCGGGAGAGUGCAUGUUCCUCACAACCGAUCGGGGUAUCUUGGAGGCGCGCGAAUGUGUGGAGAGGCAGCUAGGCGGUAUGGCGCUGUGCAGGGUGUGGUAGAGGAGAAGCAAGAUCAAGAAGACGUUCACCAUUGUAUAAACAUUUUGGGGCGGAAGAAGGCUUAGGUCGGUGACACUGCAUGGCUCCAGCGUUGUAAGAAAGCUUGUAUCAGUACGAAGAUCUGGGUGCUAGCUGUACAGGACACUGCAUGUGGAGGGCUCUGAGCAUCAUACACUUGUAGAAAU